CUUUCUCUCUCCGCUUCUUCACGCACAAAUCGCAUAUAUACUCUCAAGUAUUCAUCAUCUCAAUAACAUAUCAAGGUUUAACAAAAUGGCAGCUCGCAAGUUUUUCGUUGGAGGAAACUUCAAGAUGAAUGGCUCGAUCAAAAUGAUCACCCAGAUUAUCGAUUCUCUCAACGCUGCGAAAUUGGAUGGAACCACUGAAGUCGUAGUCGCCCCUCCUGCCCUCUACCUCCUCCAAGUUCAAUCCACUCUUACACCUCCAGUGGAAGUAUCGGCCCAAAACUGUUUCAAUGAAUCAUCCGGUGCUUUCACAGGAGAGAUCAGCCCCAACCAACUUAAAGAUGCCAAUGUCCACUGGGUCAUUCUUGGUCAUUCGGAACGUAGGGCGUUGUUCGGCGAAGCGGAUAAGUUGGUGGCGGAUAAAGUCAAGGCUGCUAUCGGAGCAGGAUUAAGGGUGAUUGCCUGUAUUGGUGAAAGCUUGGAAGAGAGGGAGAAAGGGGUGACUAAUGAGGUUGUAGAGAGACAAAUGGAAGCUAUUGCUCAAGCUGUCGGACCGGAAGAUUGGAAACACAUAGUCGUCGCUUACGAACCCGUCUGGGCUAUCGGGACAGGUAAAGUUGCCACCGUCCAACAAGCUCAAGAAGUUCAUGCGGACUUGCGUAAAUGGCUCGCUAAACGAGUUUCGUCAGAAGUUGCAGAACAGACCAGAAUCAUUUAUGGUGGUUCGGUCAAUGCGAAGAAUAGUAAAGAAUUAGCUGCUGCGGAAGAUAUUGAUGGGUUUUUGGUCGGAGGAGCUUCUCUCAAACCGGAAUUCAUUGAUAUUUGUCGUGUAAAGGAAAGUGCUUGAUAUGUACCGCCUCAUGCAUACUUUAUCAUCUUCUUC